AUGCCAUCCGCUGUCCUCAAACCGGCACCGCAACAGCCAAAGGUGCAGCACAUUAUGGCUUCCUCUCCCGAACUCGAUGUCCCCAAACACACCAAAUACUUCUUGCGCACACUCAAGACAUACCUGCCCACCGCCUACCAGAGCAAUGACAGUAAUCGCAUGUCCCUCGCCUUCUUCACCCUCAGUGGUCUGGACCUGCUAGGCACGCUACAGCAAAACACGACAGAAGAGCAGAGGAAAGACUACAUCGACUGGAUUUACAAUAACCAACACCCACAUGGCGGCUUCCGCGCCUUCCCUGGCGCAACUUUUGGACACGCAACCACAGAAGACAACCAGCACUGGGACCCCGCGAAUCUGCCUGCCACCUUCUUCGCCUUGUGUUCGCUACUCGUCCUGGACGACGAUCUGAGCAGAGUCAAGAGAAGCGAGUGUUUACAAUGGCUCACGCGACUGCAAAGACCCGACGGCAGUUUUGGCGAGACGCUUGUCAAGGGCACCAUCAACGGUGGCACAGACUCACGAUUCGGAUACUGCGCCACUGGUGUGCGCUACGUUCUCAGGGGGACCUACGAGGGUGACAUACAAGGCUGUCCAGACAUCGAGAUCGACAACUUCGUAACAUGCAUACGGAGCGCUGAGACAUACGACGGCGGCAUCUCAGACGCGCCCUACCACGAAGCCCACGCAGGCUUUACUUAUUGCGCCAUCGGUGCCCUCAGCAACAUCAACCGCCUACCCCCACAACCUCACUCUGCCUUACCCUCCCCUCCCUCGCCCAACGACUCCCUCACCAACCCUUCCCUCCUGAUAAAAUGGCUAGUCUCGCGCCAGACCGCCACCAUAUGCGAAGAAGACGAACUGGACACAUACGGCGAUGAAACAGACACGGCCGAAACCUGCCACGAUGCACAUAGCUUCGUCUAUCAAGACAAGUUUGUGAGCAAACAGGGACAAAUGAACUAUGAAGGCCGACCGAGUAUAAACUUUAGUCUGGAGUGGACGGGCUUCAAUGGCCGUUGCAACAAGAUUGCAGACACAUGCUAUGCCUUUUGGGUCCAUGGUUCAUUAUCCAUUCUUGGCCAAGCCAAUCUCCCCAAUACAGAAUCCCUCCGCCGAUGGCUUCUCGAACGAACCAUUCACCCUCAACUCGGUGGCUUUGGCAAAAUCGCUGGCGAUCUGCCCGAUCUGUAUCACUCGUCUCUCGGUCUUGCAGCCUUGAGUCUGCUUGGAGAGGAGAAACUAAAACCUCUGGAUCCUAGCUUGUGUAUCAGUCAAGAGGCAAAAGGUAGACUGAAGGCCAUUUGGAAGCGUUGGGGCAUCGAACAAUGA